GGAAGUAUUUUUUACCAUGGGUAGCCUAGUAAAUACCUGGGUAUAUGUGGAACAAGUAAAUAAUUAAUAAGAAUGUGUAGCAAGGAGUCUUUAACGAGACGGUGUGUGCUUGUCAAAAAAGUUCCAGAGGGGUUGAAUUACCAAUGUAUCUACAAUAUUCCUGGUGUUGAAAAGUUCCAACGCCAAUAUGAACUCAGUAAUGGCAAUGGAGGAGAAAGGUUGAUCGUUUUGUUUAGAAGCCAAGAAGACGCAGAAAAAUCCUUAAAGGAAGGUCAUGUUGCUAUAGAUUCUGAUGGAUGGAAGUUUGAUCUUCCUGUUAGAAGCUGCCCAGAUCGCAUCAUCCCUGAUGAGUGGAUAGAUAAGUCCACUAAACCUGAUCUAUCGUUUAUCAACACAAUGGAAGAGUGUGUCAGUGCGAUAAGUAUAGGACUUAAGGAGGAAGGCAAGUGCACUAAUAGUUUAUGUAAGGAAGGUUGUGGAGAGAAUAAACAGUAUUCAAUUAUAAUCAAAGUCCAUUAA